AUGCCUAAAUCCAAGAGAGACAGACCAGGUCACAACUCUUCUUCCUUCACACACUCUUUCUGCUUCCAUUGUCUGGUUACAUCGGAGGCUGUGGAAAAAUACAAGUCUGUCUAUGUUUUCUCUUUUGAAAACAUGAGAAAUAUCAAAUUCAAAGAGUUUAGACAGCAGUUUAGGCACAAUGGAAGGUUCUUCCUUGGUUCAAACAAAGUCAUGCAAGUUGCUCUUGGUCGCUCUGCUUCUGAUGAAAUACGUCCUGGCAUCUUUAAAGCCUCCAAGCUGCUUCAUGGUGAUGCUGGACUUCUUGUUACAGAUAUGCCAAAGGAAGAGGUCGAAAGCUUAUUUAAUGCUUAUGAGGAUUCCGACUUUUCGAGGACCGGAAGCACCGCAGGAGAAACGGUUGAACUGAAAGAAGGUCCUCUAGAACAGUUCCCACAUGAGAUGGAACCGUUUCUUAGGAAACAGGGAAUGCCUGUUCGGCUAAACAGAGGUGUGGUAGAGUUACUCUCUGAGUUUGUUGUUUGUGAAGAAGGAAAACCUCUUUCACCUGAAUCUGCCCGCAUUUUGCGUCUGUUGGGAAUCAAGAUGGCUACAUUCAAACUGAACUUAGUCUGCAGGUGGAGCCCUAAUGACUUUGAGCUUUACCGAGAAGGUUUGGAUCUCUCAGACAUCGAAACUUCUUAA